AUGAAUUUUCUGAUUGAUAGAAUAGAAAAUCCAGGCACCAGAACUACCCUCCUACCCUCUUCAUUCCCGAAUAAGUUGCAAAAAAAGAUUGAUAAAUCGCAUGAGGCUGAUUUAUUCUCUAACAAUUUGAAAAGGAAAAGUGCUGCUUCUAAGACGAGACAUUUAGCACCAACAAAAUCUCAAAAUAAUAUAAAAUUACCAAUUUUAUCUAUUAAUGACGAACCGAUUCUUGAAUCUGAACCAUCGAGAAUAGGAUUAGCUUCAUAUUUUUCACAAAGGCACAAUUCUGAAGAAGGUUUAUCUUUCAAGACUAGUUCAAGAAGAAAACACUUAGAAUCACAACCUCUUCCUGAUUAUUCUGCAGCAUCAUUAGGUACUUUUAGUGAUUGUAUAUUUAAUGAUGCUCUCUCAAAGGAACCUACUUUAACAAAUGCAAAAGGCAACUAUUUAGAUGGAGGAGAGAAAUGCCUACGGAGCAGACGACAAUCAUCCAUUUAUUCCAGUAGAAAUACUUCUCCAUAUAAGAGGCGAACGUCAUCCUUUGGAGCUAGUGGCCCACUUGGGUUCUCUCAAGUCCAAAAUUCAGGGAAACAACUUAAAAAUAAAAGAUCCAACUCUAAUAAUCAUUCAACAAAUCUAGCAUCAGAUAAAAAAAGAUUAGUGAAUGAGUUCUUAAAUUGCAGGAAUGGCCCAGGCAAAUCACCUACAAUUUCUGAGGAUAACCUCGGGGAAACAGGAUGGUCCAUUGCGACCAAAUCUAAUAAUAACAAUCAGGAGCAGAUGAAUCUUUUCACUGAUCAAUCAUUGUCGGAUAUAUUAUUUCACGAUUUAGAUACGCCAUCACAGCCUAUUUCGAAAUCUAGAUCGAAUUCUUCCUCGUUUCCAUCCUCCACAUCUACUGUACUAUCAUCUAUAUCACCGUCAAAGUUACCAGUUACUUCAUCUUCUCUGUCCAUAUAUAGUUCCUCCUCUACUAGGUCUUCAUUUUCUUCGACUUCAUCCUCAGCUUCAUCUUAUGAAACAAGCCCAAUUCCAUUACCAAUAAUGGGUAAGAAGACCUCGUUGGCCAUAUCACCCAAGGCGACAUCAUCUGCCCCCGAAGAUUUGAUCACCAAUGAUGAAUUAAGGGCCACUACCACACUUAAUAUAAACUGUAAUGAACUAAAUUACUAUCAAACUCAUAUUUGCAAUACUUUAGCUGAAUUUGAAAGGCUAUUGAAACAGAAUCUCCAAACAUUUGUUAUCAAAGAUGAAGCUGAUCUACAUGGGACGUUAAGUAAAUUUGACAACUUAACAUUCCAUUUACAAAAUAUGAAAAAUAGAAUUGAUGAACUGUAUGAUGUGAUAAAUGAGAAAUAUUUAUCGAAGAUAAAGACCGCUUUUAAUGAAGACGAUGAAUCAUCUUUCGAAUUCGAAUUAAGAACUUCUGUUGAGGCAAGUAUUAAACAACUGGAAGAAUUAGAAAACCGAAUGGAAUAUUGUCAAUUGAAGUUACAAGAACAAAGAGAAACGAUGAGACAGCUUGAUAAUUUAAUUUUAAUUGAAAACUCUCUAUUAGAAUCAAAGAAGAAUGUCAAGCACAUUUAUAGUUAUAGAUUUUUAGUGUUCGACAUCUUAGUGAUAUUUGUUGUUCUUUACUUUGGAUACUGGGUCAAAAAAAUUAUAGGUUUGUUCAGGUAG